AUACGAUGACCCGAAUGAAAGGAACUAAUAAUUGACACGUGAAAAUAAGCAAUAAUAAAUAAUUAACGUAUAUAUAUCGUUUAUAUCGGCGUGUGGAAAACAAUUGACUUGUACUCGCAUAUCGCGGUAUAUCACGGAUUCAUUGGACAACUAUAUCAAUCCAAGUACACGUGACCUCAGGCUCCUUAGAUCGGUGCGGCUGUACCGGCGGAAUGUGAUGUGAUAAGCGCCAUGGUACCAGUAUAGCAGUGAGAUAAUAAUUCACGAAGAGCCGAGGAACCAGCGCAGUUUAUGGCGAACCGCCGCGAGAAACAGGUCAAAAUCGAAAGUGAAGUAUCUAAUCCAAGUGCGCCGAUUUGACCGCCAAUUCUCCUCCAGAUUCUUAGGUGCCUUCGAGUUCAAAAACCGACGCGAAAUCGCGCGUAAAUUCGCAUAAAAAAUCGUGAUAAAAAAUCGCUUUUUUUAAACUGGAUGUAAAUAGAAUAUCGUGAAUCGUCCCUCGUGUCUUCAGGGGAGCAGAUAAGAAAAAAGGGUUUCAUUUUAUCGCCAUGGAGUCCAUCAAGAAAACUAACGUCAACAGCGUCAAAUCCUCCGAGGAAAUUAACACGGAAUCGGUCGCAAAUGGAUUUUACGAGAAAGUGGGUAACGGAAACGUGGACAUUUAUUUACGUGAGACGACCGCCGAUGGAUUGCGAAAAAGUAUGCAGGAAAUGAGGGAGAAUGUUUUGGGACAAGUUAACGAUCGUAUUAACGAUAUGAUAGCCGAGGUUCUGCAAGGAAUUGAGACAUCUCUAUCGAAAAGAGAACCGUUUAACAAAGACAAAUAUCGUGAUAAAAGACAAUCUAAUAAAGAAGGUGCACUCCCAGAUAAAGAGUUUCUUGCCAGAAACUCGCUGCUCGACGAUCUCUUCAAGAUUACAGACAUUCGCACGGUUUACAAUCUCUUCAUGGUGACUCUCAUACUUUUCUUCUUCAGCACCGUCGCGAGCGACAUAAUGGAUGGGGGAUCAUUGUUGAUCGGGACCAUGACGAUACGCAAAGCUUUCGCCAAAUUUCCGACUUGUCUCUAUAUUUGGGCGCUUAUGCAGAUCUCGACAAUCAGUAUCUACAUUCCCUUCAACCUCUGGGCCUAUCAACGACUCCAGUUUUCACCGAAAUCUUCCAUCCGGAAGUUUUGGGAUUAUAGCUUCCUGACAAUCUUUAUAAUGUAUGUAGUUUACUUUAUACAUUUUCCUGUCACGGCAAUGCUUAGGGAAGAUCUAGGCACAGCUAGCUGCUUAGCUCUACUCUUGGAACAAGUGCGCCAGAUGAUGAAGAGUUAUGCUUUCGUUAGAAGCGUGGCACCCAGGUUUAUAUCUUACAAACCUCACAGUGAUGUUCCGCAACCGAAUGGACCCGGAUUCUCGCAAUAUUUGUACUUCCUAUUCGCACCGACUCUCAUAUAUCGUGAUAAAUAUCCGAGGAACGAACAAAUCAGAUGGAUGGUGGUAAUGAAAAAUUUCGUCGAGGUUGGCCUGGUAAUCUUUUAUUUGGCCUUCGUCAUAGAGCGCCUCGUAGGACCGAAUUUUGAAAUGUUUGGUAAACAACCUGUAGAAUCGAAGUGGGUCGUGAAGAGGAGUAUCGAAGCGACCAUCCCAGGGAUUCUCUUCUUCAUCUCCGGAAAUUACCUCUUAUUACACUCGUGGUUGAACGCCUGGGCGGAGAUGUUGCAGUUUGCGGAUCGAAUGUUUUAUAAGGAUUGGUGGAACUCGACGUCCUACCGCAUGUACUAUCGCACUUGGAACGUGGUGGUACACGACUGGCUCUACACUUACAUCUACAAGGAUAUGUACGAGAUCGUGAUGCCGCGCAGCAAGCCGAUGGCGACCCUCGUCGUCUUUCUCGUCUCCGCUACCUUUCACGAGUAUAUUCUCGCGUUCGGGUUCGGCUUCUUCUACCCGGUGAUGUUCAUUCUGUUCGCCGGCUUCGGCUUCUGCUUCUUCUUCAUCGGCAGUAUCGCCUCCAGCAACACCUUCAUAUGGCUGAGCUUCUGCAUAGGAAACGGCAUCAUGUUCAGCACCUACUCGAUGGAGUACUACGCUAGACGUCACUGUUCACCUUACUUCAAUUACUACCUGGACCUGCUUGUACCGCGAAGCUGGGUCUGUCAAGCGCAGUUCGCCUCGUAGAUGGUCCAGUUUCGAUCUUCAGCGGUGUGAAUUCUCUUUUCGUGCUGUUAUUAUCAAACCCAGACUGCAUCAAAAUCGAAACAUGCCCAAAAUCAGGACAUAAGACACAAAAAUGUCCUUUAGAUAUCGUCCCAAGUAGCAAACUGAUCUCAUUAAACGUCACAAUAACGUCAUUGAACGUCACUAUGACGUCAUUAAACAUCACAAUGGCGUCAUCGACGUCAAAAUGACGUCAUUAAACGUCGUAAUGAUGUCACUAACCGUCAUAUAAAGGUUAUCGACGUCAUUUUUACGUUUAAUGACGUCAGUCUGUUACCUAGAGGAUGUCAUACAAUAUCUUAUGUCCUGAUUUUGGAUAUAUUGCUGUGUGGGAAAUGGACUAUAUAUAGUGUAGAGAUAAUCUAGAAGUAUAUUAAGCUCUUUUUUAUAAACAAAUAAUAAAAGACUAAUGAGAGUUAAAAGUUAUUAAAAUGAAAUGAUGUGUGAAUGGUUAGAAUUCUUGAAAUUGUUUACGAGGCUUUUUGAUGACUCUGUCAUUUUUUUCAAUUAAAAUUACAUUAACUAUUAAAAUUUAAUUAAUUAAUUGAAAUUUGUAUCGCAAAGUUGCUCCUUUUUGCAUCUAUUGUAUGUUUUUAAAAUUGCUUCGCGUCUUGAUGAAAAAAACACAGUUUUGUCUUCUUUUUUAGCGAAAAUUAUUUAAUAGUCUCUAUAUUCAAAUCAAUUAAUAAUUUAUGAAAAUGGGUGGUUUAUUUGUUUUUUACACUUAUUGCUCAAUUAUAAUAUACUUUUCCAUUUUUUUUUCUGUCGAAUUUAUGAUCCUCUUCCGUAGAUUGACUAACAUUCUUAUUAUAUUUCAGAAUUGUAUUAGAUAAAUUUGUGAUAUAUUUUUACGCGACAACAGGAAAGAAAAAUAUACAUUCGCGUCUAGAGUAAAAAUAUUAAAAUUUUUUCUGUUUGUAACAAACCAGAGAAAUAUAUAUUGUAUAAUAUUAUGAUUUGCAUGUGAAAGUGCCAUGUAUAUAUAGAUAAUAUAUAUAUGUAUAAUAUAAAAAUUUAAUAAAAUUAAUCGAGUCCAAAAUGAUACUUUUACACGCGAAUUAUAAUAUAAUUUAAAAUCAUUUAGAUAUUGCUAUAUUAAGACUAAUUGUUUUAUAAUUUUGUAUAUUUUAGUGCCAACCAUUGUAUAA